AUGAAGAAGAUAUCAUUUUUCGAAAUCUUUCGAAUCCUUGUCGAUCGUAAAAAACAGAGAUCCAAAUCGAAAUCAUCAUCUUCACCAUCUUCUUCCUCUACUUCACUUCAACAGAAUCAACUUCAUCGACAGAAAUCCAAGAAAGCUGGUCAUCGCAAGUCAAGAAGAUCUACUCUGAAAAAAAUAAGACAAUCGGCAAUUUAUCCCCAUCAAGAUAACUGUCGAAAUACUCUCAAUACUGCUAUUCAACAUUCUUCUCUUACUCUUAUCGAUGAAAGUGCGACAAAAACUUUCGAUGAAGUGUUAACCAGUCAAUUAACAAUUCGGAUAUAUUCUGCUCCAAAUGAUAGAACCAGGGAUUUUAUCAAGGUUUAUGAUUUCGGCCAAAGCGGUGAUGAUAAUUCAAACUUGAGAUUGGGUUUAGAUGAGGAGGAGGAAGAAGAAGCAGAAGAACAAGAAGAAGAGAAAGAAGAGGAACUCCGAUCCGUUCAAUCCCAUCCAUCACUUGCAGUCGCACUUACCGAACCAAACCGACCCAACUCCAAUUCUGGCUUAUGGCCGAGUUUAAAUUCUCCUUUACAAAUUCAAGAACCAUCAACACCAACCUCAUUCAAAUCCUCACCAGCAAGUCGAUCGACUGAAAGUAUGGAAACUUUCUUUUCACCGGAAACAACAGACUUUACUACAAUCAUUCAAACCAUUGUACCAUCAGAACAAAAUCAAAUCCUGAAUGCAUCACAACAAUCUCUUCAAAGCGAUGUUUAUUCUGCAUUAGAUGUUUCGACUCCUUUUCUUGACAUCCUGUGA